AUGGCAAACCUUGAACAGCAAGUUCAAAUGUUGACCAGUCAGAUGCAGCAGCUGACUGUGCAACUCGGCUCUCAACAGCACGAUGGGGAUGAAAGUCCCAGCCCUAUGCAUUACUCUCCCACUGAGAUCAGUGAGCCCGGUUCCGAUGCAGGCGCUGACCCUGAUCCCGAUGCCCCCGAAAAUGCAGAUGUGGAGCGUGGCAGGGAACUUGCGCCACCGCAGCCAGCAGGUCUUCUGACCCCGGAUGCCCCGUCCGACGAGCAGCGUGCUCGCCACAAUUUAACACACGCCGACUUUGCAGCGUGGUGCCCGCAUUGCGUAGCCGGGAAAGCUGCCGAUUCCCAGCACAAACGCAAAAGCAAGCACGAGGAUCCUCAAAUUCCCGUACUGCAAGUCUAUUAUCAGUUCUUCGGUCGUGACGGUCAGCUCGUUGCAGAAGAAAGCAAAAAGGCCACAGUUCUGACAGGAACGGACUUGUCUUCCGGAUGGCCCAUGAUGGCAUUCGUGCCUCACAAAGGGGGAGAAGCGUACACGAAUCAGCAUUGCGCACUGUGGUUGAUCAAGUCCAAAAAGAACUGGGACACGAUCAUGUCCAAGUCCGAGCGGCCCCGCGGUACAGCCACGCCAGCCAAGGUGGCACCGAGAACGCAAAUGCUGCGCACAUGGCUCAGUGCCUUGAACGAAGCAUACCCAAAUCCUGCCGAACCGCUGGACAUUAACCAUCCCUUGGUCCCAUGGCUUUGCCGCUGGGUUGCCUUCGUGUGGGCCAGAUUCCAUGUGCAGGCCGACAACAUGACACCGUUUCGCAUCGUGUCUGGGCGUGACUACGCCACCCCCAUCGUCGAAUUUGGGGAGGUCGGUUUGGUGCAAACUUCCUGA